AUGGACGCCGACGCCGCCCGGAGCCCGGGCACCAGCCCGGAGGCCAGGGACGCCCGCAGCCUGCCAGCCCCCGCGGGCAGCCCUGAGAGCGGGGCCACGGGGGACGGUAAAGACGCCAAGACCGCCAACGGGCACGGCGGGGAGGCGGCCGAGGGCAGGGGCCCGGGCGGCGCCCCGAAGCCGGGGGAGGGGAAGAGCCCCCUGUUCCUGGGGAGCGAGUGGCGGCGGCCCGUGGUCCAGUUCGCGGAGGCGGCGGACGACAAGGGCCCCAACUACUUCAGCAUGGACUGCGGGGAGGGCAGGCGGCCCCCCUACGCCGGGCUGCAGCUGGGCGCCAGGAAGCCGCCCGUCGCCUUCGCCGAGAGGGGCGAGCUGCGCAAGUCGCUGUUCGCGGAGCCCCGCAAGCCCGCGCCGCCCGCCGCGGAGCCCGGGGGCGCCGGCCCGCACAGCCUCCCCCGGGCCGGCCCGGGCGGCCUGCCGCGCGCCAAGCCGGGCGCCGAGGAGGUCCUGUGCGACUCCUGCAUCGGCAACAAGCAGAAGGCCGUCAAGUCCUGCCUGGUGUGCCAGGCCUCCUUCUGCGAGCUGCACCUCAAGCCGCACCUGGAGGGCGCCGCCUUCCGCGACCACCCGCUGCUGGAGCCCAUCGGCGACUUCGAGGCCCGCAAGUGCCCGCUGCACGGCAAGACCAUGGAGCUCUUCUGCCAGACGGACCAGACCUGCAUCUGCUACCUGUGCAUGUUCCAGGAGCACAAGAACCACAGCACCGUGACCGUGGAGGAGGCCAAGGCCGAGAAGGAGACAGAGCUGUCCCUGCAGAAGGAGCAGCUGCAGCUCAAGAUCAUCGAGCUCGAGGACGAGGCAGACAAGUGGCAGAAGGAGAAGGACCGCAUCAAGAGCUUCACCACCAGCGAGAAGGCCGUCCUGGAGCAGAGCUUCCGGGAGCUGGCGCGGGAGCUGGAGAAGCAGAAGGAGGAGGUGAGGGCGGCGCUGGAGCAGCGGGAGCAGGACGCCGUGGGCCAGGUGAAGGUGAUCGUGGACGCCCUGGAGCAGCGGGCCCAGGUGCUGCAGGAGGACAAGCAGACGCGAGAGCAGCUGCACAGCAUCAGCGACUCGGUGCUCUUCCUGCAGGAGUUUGGCGCGCUGAUGAGCAAUUACUCGCUGCCCCCGCCCCUGCCCAGCUACCGCGUGCUGCUGGAGGGGGAGGGCCUGGGGCAGGCGCUGGGCAACUGCCGGGACGACCUGCUGAACGUGUGCAUGCGCCACGUGGAGAAGGUGUGCAAGGCCGACCUGAGCCGCGGCUUCAUCGAGAGGAGCCACGCCGACACUGGGGGCGACCACCGCUACAUGAGCAGCUACACCAGCAGCUACGCCAGCGACUGGGGCGCGCCGGACACCAUGAAGAGGUACUCCAUGUACCUCACGCCCAAGGCGGGGGCCAGGACGUCGUACCAGCCCGUGUCCCCCAGCCGCCUCCCCAAGGACAUCAACCAGAAGAACUUCAGCAAUCUCUACGGCACCAAAGGUAACUACACGUCGCGAGUCUGGGAGUACGCCUCCUCCUCCGCGCAGAGCCCCGAGGACCUGGCCCUGCCCGGGGCCCCGGGCAGCUCCUCCUUUUCCCUGAAAGGGUACCCCUCCCUCAUGCGGAGCCAGAGCCCGAAGGCCCAGCCCCAGACUUGGAAAUCUGGCAAGCAGACGUUGCUGUCUCACCACCGGCCGUUCUACGUCAACAAAGGCAACGGGAUUGGCUCCAGCGAGGCCCCGUGA